AUGGAGCCCCCUACAGCACAGCUGAUCGACGAGCAAGAGGUGGUAUUUGAGCCAGAACCAGCAAAAGACGCUUUUGAUCGCGGAAUAGCGUUCAAAGAGGCAGGAAAUAGCGCCCUGAAGACGGGGAGGUACAAGGAAGCAGCAGAACAUUAUCGAGAGGCCCUAGCCAUAUUUUCCGGACGAACCACCGAGCGUGCAAACUGUCUGUCGAACUACGCGGCCGCCUGUGUUCGCCUGGGCGAACUGGAUGAGGCAGAGCGAUCACUUCGGGAGGCAAUUGACAUAAAUCCGCGUCAUAUCAAUGCGCGUCUGCGUGUCGCGCGUGUCUUUGCCGCCAGAGAAAAGUACAUCUUGGCAGCUAGUGAAUGGAGUGUGGUGACGCAGCUCCGGCCUUUGACAGACGCCGAAGCCGCGGAGAGGGACGCAUGCAACAAGAAGGCAAUGGACGCAGGUAUCACUACAAUGAAAUCCUGGGGCAAUAAACUUCUUGGGAAGAUAGGGCUCUCCCUGGAUAAUUUCAAGCUGGCCAAAAACGCCGAUGGCUCGUUUAAUAUCAGUAUGCAAAAAUGA